AUGUCCGGCGAAGGAUCAAAAUCGAAGAACACCAGGCACCACAAAAGCCAUCACAGCAAAAGCCACAAGCGUGACCAUGAGAAGAACGAAAGCAGAAGGGAUACCGAGGACCUCUACGACGUUAAACCAGAGAGGAGCAAGAGCAAGAAGAAGAGGCAUCACCACCCAGGGCGGCACAUUUCGAUGACUCGGCUCUUCUUUUCAACCUCAUGGAUUCCAUACUUUGCCAGACCCAUCAAGCACGAGCAUGAGCAUAAGCAUAAGCACAGGAGCAAGAGCAAGAGCAAGAACAAAAGCGAGAGCAAGGGUUCGAAGGAGCCGUCUCAGGCAAGAAGUGAGACUCGGGUGCAGGGCAGGGUUGAGAGGACUGUUCCAGGGCCGCCAUCUCCAAGGCUACCAUCUCCUAGACUACCACCUGUUGAACUACCGCCUCCUGGUCCAUCAUCUAAUAAACCGCCAUCUCCAGGAUUUCCACCCUCAGGUGCCUCCGCUUUAGGGCCGCCCUCCUUAAGCCCCCCCGGCCAAGCAACGCCAGCCUCAAAACCUCCAUCUCAAGACCCCUCACUUGAAUCUAAACCUCUAGGGCCGCCUGCGCAGAUACUAGCGGCAGAAGUUCAGCAGGAGUCCAAGGCUGUAUCCGCAGCUUCAAAUGACGGUAGGAAUACUGUUAGGGGUCCCCCUCCAUCAGAGAAUACUACAACUAGUAGAGAGAGCCAGCCCAGGAAUGACCCAGGGCCUGGAACGUUGACCAGUCGCAGUACAAGUCGAAGAGGCACUAACGACAAUUCUUCUCAGCGAAGGAGAACAGAAGGUGCCCAAACAAGAAAACAGAACCAUGAAUUUGCAGUCGAGGCAGAUCGAAAGAUUCCCGAACAGGAGAAACGGGGCAGGUCUAUGGAUGAUGCCCCGGCAAAGGAACGAACACGAAGACAGUCACGACGAGUGAGUAAGAGUACCGAAGACUGUAUGGCACCUCAAAGAAGAAUGACGCAUAGGGGAUCGACGGCCGAGAGAAAUCGUCAAGAAGGUACUGCAUACCACCAAACAACAGAAGACUGGGUAACAAAUGAAAAUGGCCACGGCAGUACAGGUACACAGUCUGUGAGGGAAGCACCUACAGGGGAGAAGCAUGAAGAUGAGAGGAGGAGUCGAAGGCAGCAAGCUUCACGUAGCGUUCAACGCCAUAGCAGCGCUCAACCCCAUGGCCGCACUCAACACCAUGGCAGCGCUCAACAUGAUAGUGCUCGACAUGGUAGUGCUAGGCGUAGCAGUGCUAGGCAUGGGAGCGUUGUGCCCAAUGGUUCUUAUGACCCUCCAGUUUAUGGCCCUCGAAUUCCCAGCCCACCAGAAAGUGAAGAACCUCCUACGUUCGCCAGUUAUUCUUAA